UAGUAUUAGAUUUAAAGCAUGAAGAAGGAAUAUUAGUUAGACAAAAACAAAUGUUCUGUUCCAAAACAAAACAAAAUAGAAAUAGAAAUAGCGGUGGUGUAGUUGUUCUUACAAAGAGGCAUCAUCAAGAAUAACUAGAAGGAGUGUCUUUUCAGAUAUCUGAGCCUCUGGUGGUGCAUUAUUUCAUAAUGGAGUUUGCUAUGACAUUCGAUGAAGUUUCCAUGGAAACCAGCAAGAGCUUCGUUUUCGCCCUUCAGGAACUUAAGAACUUGAGGCCUCAACUCUAUUCUGCUGCAGACUACUGUGAAAAAUCGUAUCUCCAUAGUCAUCACAAAGAAAUGGUACUUGACAACCUAAAAGAUUAUGCUGCAAGAGCCAUUGUAAACGCAGUUGAUCAUCUUGGGACUGUGGCUUACAAGUUAACUGACCUUCUUGAGCAGCAAGCAUUGGAUGUCUCAACCAUGGACUUGAAGAUCUCUACCCUAAACCAGAGACUUCUUACAUGCCAAGUAUAUACAAAUAAAGAGGGUGUUCGGCAACAGCAGUUGUUGGCUAUUAUUCCUAGACAUCACAAGCACUACAUUUUGCCUAAUUCGGCCAAUAAAAAGGUACAUUUCCGUCCAUACAAACAAACUGAUGCAAGACAAAAUUCAUUUAAAAGCAGAACUCGUCCUCAACCUUCAGGUACCCCUGUUUCAAAAACUCUUUCAUGGCAUCUUGCAUCAGAAACUAAGUCAACCUUAAAAAGACGGAGUUCACAUCCUUCCAAAAAAAUCAAGGAUCCCAAAUUUUCUGUCAAGACCACUGGAGUUUUCCACCUUAUAGAUAAUGAAGAGAUUACACAGUUGAAACCCUCAGAAUCAAAAAACCACGUACAAAAUGGAGUUCCUACAUCUAGUGCAGCCAACCAAUCUCUCGGUGUCACAAGAAGGGAUGCAUUAGAGGGUUUCAGACCAUUGACAAAAUUUGGGUCCUUUAACACUCAAAAUCUGUGCGAGACUGUCCAUGUUCCUAGUCGCAGCAAAAGUGUACUAUCAAGUCUUUUUGUCAAGCAAAGAUCUGCAAAAUUGAGAGCUGGUUCUGUCUCAUAAAUACCUAUCUGAUUUGUGAAGAUGUCACCAUAUAUUUUUACAGAAAAAGAGUUAAGAAAACACUUCAAACAAUCCACUAAUGCCCACAGUUACUUCAUUUUAUAUUUUGUAGUUCAUGCCUUUGAAUAAUGACAGUGUAUAAUGAUUGUAUAUAGUAGGGUUACCCGGUAGCCCGGAAGUAAUGAAGAUCAUAAAUAGAACAUUCUGCUUGCUA